AUGUCACUGUCAUCAUCUUUUGGAGCUAUGCUGGAAGAGGUGCGCCGCCGGGCACUAGAACUUGGAUUAUGGAAUGACGAUAUGCAACGGGAUCUCCCAAAGAAAUGGGAGAAACACGGAAAUAUGAUUGUUUUCCCACAAACCGCAUUCCAACAUAAUAAUUGGAGGUUGAUUGGUCGUGAACUUUGGGAAAUCGUCGCUCGUGCUUUAUCUAUAGAACGACUCGGAAGAAAAAGGCUGAUUGCAAAUGAUGAAGAACGAACCCCACAUGUCGAUGUGCUAUAUGGUGGACAUGGAUGGAUCGAACAUUCUGACGAGUCCGGGUUCCGCUUCGUCUACGAUGCUUCCAAGAAAGUCUUCGAAAUUUGGCGUCAAAAAGAGAUGGCACGAAUCUCGCAAACGGAUGCUCAUGGCGAGGUGGUGGUAAAUCUCAUGGCCGGUCUCGGCUACUUCACUUUCCCCUGGGCCGCCAAAAGUGGUGCAAAGCAUGUGCAUGCUGUAGAAUGGGAUGACGAUGCUGUUGAAGCACUGAUAAGAACGACUACAGCUAAUGGACUUGAUGACAAAGUCUCCAUUCAUCAUGGUGAAGCACGAAAAAUGGCUCCUGUUGGAAUAGCUGAUCGGGUUUAUAUCGCGCUUUUGCCGUCAUCACAGCCAUUCUGGAUGACGGCAUGCAAAUGUUUAAGAGAUAAGGGUGGGUGGCUUCACAUCCAAGAAGCCGUCGAUGUCAAGCGGGAGCGAGCGGAAAAGCCAGAGGCGGCGAAGCCUGCAGCAAGCGAAGAAAAACCCGAGAAAACCAAGACCGACGUCAAUGGAAAUACCAAAAAAGGCAAUCGGACUCGGAGCAAGCUAAUAUUAAGUUUCAGGAAAGCUGCAAAAUUGUCUAAGGUGGAAAAGGAGCUUGAGGAGGGUCGCUGGAAAAUGAUGGAGCCGCAUGUCAGAGGAUUUGCCUUGGAUUUGGCUGAGAAAUGUUGCCGUUACAUGAACAAUAUAAAAACCCAAGAUGGCAUUUAUUGGGUGGAGGUUCGUAAUGUGGUUGUUAUCAAACCAAGAACAGCUUCAAGAACCUCUGAUAUCAUCGUUGUCGAUUUAUUUACCGGAAUUGCGCAGGAAAAACGGAGGAGAAGCCAGCACAGGUUGGGUACGCCGUCUACGGUUGUUGAAGACGAGGAUGGACAAGUAGAGGGUCAAAAUGAUGAAGAACGAGCACCACGAAGAAGACGCAACUGGGAAGAAGAGAUUUUGAAGCAGAUUGAAGAAGAAGAUCGGAUAGCAGCGCAGGAAACGGAGAAACAUCCCAAA